UAUCACAUAUUUGUAGAAGAGUUCAAACGAAACCCGGGAGUAAUAUGGAUUAUGAAGCCAAUAGCAAAAUCUCAAGGAAAGGGAAUCUUUUUAUUCAGAAAGCUUAAAGAUAUAACAGACUGGAAAAAGGGAGAGUACCAGAGAGAACCUGACCCAAACAAAGAGGCUCCAGAGGCAUAUGUCGUCCAGAGGUACAUUGAAAACCCUUAUGUAGUGGGAGGAAGGAAGUUUGAUCUCAGGGUUUAUGUGCUUGUCACUUCGUAUUCCCCACUCAAGGCAUGGCUUUAUCGAGGAGGAUUUGCCCGCUUCUCCAAUACUAGAUUCUCCCUGGAUGCAAUUGAUGAUACUUAUGUCCAUCUGACCAAUGUAGCUGUCCAGAAAACUGCUCCGGACUAUGACCCGGAGAAAGGAAACAAGUGGUCAAUGCAGCAACUUCGCAGAUAUCUCACAGCAAAACAUGGCAUGGAGGCAGUUGCCAAAAUGUUCACACAGAUGGAUGACAUCUUUAUAAAGACAUUACAGAGUGUGCAGAAAAUUAUGAUUAAUGACAAGCGCUGCUUUGAAAUGUAUGGCUAUGACAUCCUCUUAGAUACCAACUUGAAACCCUGGCUUUUAGAAAUCAAUGCAUCUCCAUCACUUACAGCUAGCAGUAAAGAGGAUUAUGAAUUAAAGUGUGGACUACUGGAUGAUGUGCUCAAUGUUAUAGACUUGGAAAACAGACUAACAGGGAAGGAAAAACAUGUAGGAGCAUGGGACCUUAUCUGGGACGAUGGUCCUGUGAUGGGGGACGAAGGCGGGAUAGACUGCAUGAAUGCAACUACCUAUACCACCAACUCUUUCUUAGGAUGUCACAUGGACAGGAAGAAACAACUGAGACAAUUGUUCAAGACAUUACAAGCUGCCAAGAAGACGUGACACAUGGACAUUGUGUAGUUAUGGACUGGGAUAAUUUUUUACUGGCUUGGAUUAAUGUAGGACUGUCAGAUCAACUGAAUAAAAUCAAGUACAGCAACAAUUCCAUGACAUUUUCUAGGUACACUGAUCAAGCAUAAAAGAUGGACAUCUUGUUUUCUACAUUUUUAAAAAAAUUAAAAUUCUGAAAAGGCUGUUUGUGAACACAAAGGGCAUGUUUCAGUGUGAAUAUGGGGUAUGUAGUUCUUAUGAUCUUCAUUCAUU